AAACACACACACACACACACACACACACACACACACACACACACAGAGAGAGAGAGAGAGAGAGAGAGAGAGAGAGAGAGAGAGAGAGAGAGAGAGAGAGAGAGAGAGAAAUGGGGGUGGGACCUAGCGUUCAUGAGUUGGCACGGAAAGGCAACGAUUGGAAAUUGUCGAAGCGGCUUCAGUCAGGGGCAGAUGCGAACAAACCGAGUCCGAGAAGUCCUGUCCACAGGCGACCCCUCCAUGUCGCUGUUCGAGCUGGCAGGCUGACUACCGUCUCCGUUUUGCUGAGUCAUGGUGCUAGAGUGGACGCCACAGAUGAUACUGGGGACACAGCUCUGCACUAUGCGGCUCGGACCGGGGAUGUUCAAAUGGCAGACCUACUGCUACAGCAUGGAGCGGAUCACACAAUUCGCAACCAGGAGGGCUGCAUGCCAAUACAUAUUGCGAUAUCCUGUCAGAACGAGGCAAUGCAGGAACGCUUGCGAAGCCAUGCGUUGGAAGUGCCGGUGGAAUUUCGGUAUUACAAUCGAAAUUGCUGGUUUGACUUCGAACCAGGUGCGGCUAAUGUUCUUGGGUUUGAACUUGGUGAAGGGGUCAACUUUACAACCCUCGUGGUGGAUGACAGUAGGUACAUCAUUGACUUUGUGCAGCAGGUGCAAAUCAAUGCAGCAAGUCUGUAUACAAGGUCGAUUGCAUGGAAGGCGGGGCCUGACGGGGCAUGGCGAUACCCCCCUCAGCCUUAUCAGGGUAUGCACAUUGGGGCAGAAGACCCCAGGUAUAUAGCUCAUUACGGUCUGACGGCAGAACCCAGAAAUGUAGUUGAAACACAUUUCGAGGCACGAAAUGCAGCAUCAGAAAGUGUGCUUUUUGCGGACCAGAGACAGUCGGCUACGGUUAGAGAAUGGCGCGCCUCGCCCUCUGUCGAUCUGGAUAGUUUUGACAGGGAUUGCGAUUCCGGGGAGUUACGUUAUGCAAUGGUCGUUUCAGAUAAGACCGACCCGCUUGUCGUUCGGCGGUUUGGCGCGCAUCCAUCAAUGUUUUCGCUCGUGGAAGAUGGGGACGAGUACUAUGAGGUGGCUGGGCGUUUCCUUCGCGGUAUGGACAAGUGCUCGUCAUCGUCAGCCAUGCAAACGCCUGUGAGAAGCACUCCGGGCAGACGCACACCGGGGUCCAGACCGUUGUCCUUCUCUGCAACACCUGGACGGCGAGCUCUUUCAAUCGAGGGCACGCCGGGACGCAUGACGCCAUCGACCCCGGGGUGGACGACUCCCUCAACGACGCCCGGUCGCAUGACGCCCAGCACACCGUUGGGAAAACAUGUGACAGUGACAGCUGUGCACCGAGUGACGGUUCCAAAGCCGAGAGUGAAUGCGUUUGAGCUGUAUAAGGCAGAUAGAAUGGAGGCAAGGGGCGAUGCGAAUGUCAGGUGGGCUUGGCAUGGAGCCCCCCUUGGCAGCUUGGAGAAGAUCAUCUUGACUGGUUUUUCUCUCCAGAACAAAGCGAGAAAUGGGAACUUCUACGGAUGUGGUAUCUACCUUGCUCCCGAGAAGUAUGCCUAUCGAAGUGCCGAGUAUUCGGCCCCGGACCACACAGGAGAGAAACACAUGCUUCUGUGUAAAGUGGUGCUGGGCUCAAUGGAGAUGGUCCCCUUCGAGUCUACUCAGUUCGAACCCAGCGGGCCGCAGUUCGACACUGGUGUAGACAAUUUGCGAGAUCCAUCAAGUUACAUCGUCUGGGGGAUGAACAUGAAUACCUUCAUUCUGCCUCAGUAUGUUGUCAGCUUCAGGGGAGUGGGCAAUUCUUCAUCUGGAGGCACCUUCGAUUCUUGUGUAAGAGACGGAGAGCGCCCAGGACCCAAUCCAGAAAGCCCAGGAGGCAAUCCAGAAAGGGGUGUCCGUGACGCAGGGGAGGGAGUCGGCAAUGCUCCAUCUGGAGGCACCUUCGAUUCUUGUGUAGGAGACGGAGAUUGCCCAGGACGCAACCCAGAAAUCCCAGGACGCAAUCCAGAAAGGGGUGUCCGUGACGCAGGGGAGGGAGUGGGCAAUGCUCCAUCUGGAGGCGCGAUCGAUUCUUGUGUAAGAGACGGAGAGCGCCCAGGACACAAUACAGAAAGCCCAGGACGCAAUCCAGAAAGCCCAUUACGCAAUCCAGAAAGGGGUGUCCGUAACCCAGUGGAGUGGGCAAUGGUCCAUCUGGAGGCACCUUCCAUUCUUGGAAUGCUCACCAACGGCACAGGAGGCAAAGAAGAAUUCAGAGACUGCACUACGAAUUGUGCCUGAUAGUAGGGAGAAUGAAUAGCGAAGGGGGAUGGUGGAGACAAGGUGCUGUGUUGUCCUUGUCAGAUGCCCCGCUACUGCCUCCGUCCGUGAAGUUGUUCGAUCAUAUGGCACUCUAGGCAGCCUAGCAGAGAUGGCAGAGGAAAACCUACAGUGCGUUUACGAGGUGUUGAUGGUGGAGAGAGGGUGUCGUACGGAGAUGGUUGAGAGACAGCAGUAAUCGAAGAUGAACUGGGGGCGGCACCGUUUGGCUCUGGAAAAGUGUUCGAUGAUAUGACGCUCCAGUUGGCAACGUGGUUCGAUCGUAUGACGCUCCAGGCAGCCUGGCAGAGAAGGCAGAGGAAAAUCUCCGAUUGGUUUACCAGGUGCUGAUGGCGGAGUGAGGUCAUCAAACGAAGAUGGUCGAAAGAGCGAAAACAGCAAUCGAAGAUGAAAUGGGGGCGGCACCGCUUGGCUCUGGAAAAAGUGUGCAACCUACUGGAGAUUUACGAGUAUCGCAUGUACGUUCCUUUGGGGGCUGCAAAACUGUCCAUGCUUUUCAUUGCCUUGUACAUAAAAAGCUUUUGUACCUUAUCUCCUGUCCAAUGACGGUGGUGGACCGUGCAUGAGCUUGGAGGUUUGGCAGCAUCAGGAAAAUCAACGGAGCAGAGCAUG